AAACCCUAAUGGAAAUCCAAGCAGUUGAUAAAUGCUGAUAACCAGAACGGAAUAGUGUUAAAGGUUGACAUGGGGGACAAUCGCCAGCCAUUAGAUUCGAUUGAUGCUACUUAUAAAAUUCUUAUUCUUGGAGAUUCUGGAGUUGGGAAAACUUGCACAAUUUGCAGAUUUUGUGAUCAAAAGUUCCAUGAAUGUUAUGUAACUUCAAUAGGCCUAGACUGUAAACAGCGAGUAAUAGAUCUGGAUGGCUCUAAUGUUAGACUCAGAGUUUGGGACACAGCCGGACAGGAGAGGUUCAGGACACUUACCCAGUCCUACUAUAGAGGGGCUAUGGGUAUAAUCCUGAUGUAUGACAUUACAAAUCUCGUCACAUUCAACCACAUCACAAAAUGGAUAGAAAGUAUUGAAAACAUGGCGCCACCUGACACCUGUACUGUACUGGUGGGUAACAAGUGUGACAAAUACCUCUGUAGAGCUGUGGACGAAGAAAGAGGAAAGAAACUUGCUGAAAACUUUGGUCUGGAUUUCUUUGAGGCCAGUUGUAAGUCCAACAUAAAUGUAGACCAAGUGUUCCAACACAUUGCCACCAAAAUUAAAGAUAUCAAAGACAAAAGGGCCAAGAGGUUCCAGAGAACUGCCAGCAAUGUAAGCCUAACACACUGGAGUAUGGAGUCAGGAUCUCAUGAAACGAAGGUGUUCAAAUGUUCUUGUUAAUACUGGCCUAUUAUUUAGCAGAUUUGAUGGCAAUGUAGGCCAUAUAGAAUGGAUGUAUGAUGUUUUAGAAAUCCUGCCAUGUCUGGGACUUAUGGACUGCCAUUUGUAUGUUAGACAAUCAAAUAUGAUGUCAUUGUGUUUAAUGAACACAUCAUGUUCGACAAUCAUAAAUGAUGUCAUUGUGUUUAAUGAACACAUGAUGUUAGACAAUCGUAAAUGAUGUCAUUCUGUUUAAUGGACCCAUGAUGUUACACAAUCAUAAAUGAUGUCAUUGUGUUUAAUGAACA